AGAAUGGGAACAAACUGAUAAAAAUUUGAAUGUUGGGUGUUGCAUAAUAAUUGGAUAUAAAAGGGGUUCAAAAUCAGAUGAAAUUAUCACAAGCAUUGCUCGAGUUCAACUGGUCACUUCUUAGCAGAAAUUUUCCAAUAAACAGACAAUAUGAAAUUCGCCGCUGUCGUAGUCGUAUUGGCUUUAGCAUCAGCUAUUGAAGCCUCCGUUAUCGGCUGGGGACCAUCACUCUCCGUCACUGGGCCAAUUCCUGCAGUUCAUGCCGCUCCAGCUGCCAUUGCUGUUCCCGGAAUCGCCACUGCAUGGGGACAUGGAGCUUGGGGUCCAGGAGUCUUGGGACAUGGCGUUUGGGGUGGACAUGGUGCCUGGGCUGCUCCAGCCGCUAUUACUGCUCAUGCAGGCGUUGUUCCAGCUGUCCACGCUCCAGUUGGCCAUGAGGGUAGCUACGUUGCACAAACUCGUGGAGCUGUUCAUGUUGCCCCACUGGCAGGACAUGCUCAUUCCGCUGCAUCUAUCAAUGUUCAUCCUGCUCCAGGAACGGUUUAAGGGUCUUCAUUCGCGUAGAUGAUAUUCACCUAUAUUAUGGUACAACACAGACUUAGUCCACCACUUGACACAGAUUUUUGUAGUGUAGAAGUAGGUUGUAUGCUA